AUGUCCCCAGAACAAACUGACACAGGUCAAGAACCUUCAGACCUUCACGAACCCGAGUCAACGGCCAACAAUGACGGCGAUGAUCAUGAUCGCGAAGGCGAGGACAACUUGGCUGUCGUUGGUCAAACCAAAUGUUCCAUCUGUUCAAUUACUUUUAGGAGGCCUGAACAUUUAAAGCGGCAUUUUCGAAGUCACACCAAAGAAAAGCCCUUUGAGUGCACGCAAUGCGGUCGUCAUUUCUCAAGGACUGACACCCUCCAUCGCCACGAGUUGAGCCAUCACACCGUAGGGACGGAUGGAGGGAAAGACCGCACGCACAGGAUCACCGUCAAAACUUUUCGGGCAUGCUUCAAGUGUGCGCUCGCGAGAGUCCGGUGUAGUGGCGGCAUACCAUGCACCCGUUGUGAGAAUAGGUCUCUUGACUGUCAGUAUCCGACCGAGCGACGUUCCAAAGCGAAGAACCAGAAAGACCCGCUGCAGUCUCUAACCCACCAUAAAGAAAAUGGGCUGCCUCCACAUUCAUUUCCUAUAUUCUCUGAUCAAGACCCGGAAAGAUCUCGGAAGGAGGAUGAUGGUAUUCCCGCUCUCCAACCUGGAUAUCAAAUGGGGCAGUUCCAGCUGCAAAAUCCAGGAUCUCACAAUGCCUCCACAUCUUCACCAGACGCCAUGGCCGGCCUUGGAACCCAUGGAACUCGUGGGCCUGCGCAAAACUCAGCCGAGGGGAAGGGAGAGUCGCAUUCUGCAACCAGCCCUUCUUUGGUCCGGUCCGAUGUUUCUAGGGUCUCGGAGGAAGUGCCGCAACAGUUCUCUUCAUUUGCUGGCGCGAACCCACCCUAUUACUCUCAGGUGUCCCAGUUCCAAAUCCAGGCCUCUCUACCAGUCGACCAAAGACGGCCCAGCCACCCAUUUGAAAGCCGGCAAAUUGAAUACUCUGGGCCUGCUAAUCUUGGUCCUGGGAUAUCCGACCCUAGUAACACCCAUGCCCAACUUGGAUUCUCCCGGCCGGUUCUGGGUCAAGCUACAGUCCCUACCAUCAAUUGGCUCUCCAACGAUUUGUUCCUUGAAUCGGCUCCUGAUCAAAGUUUAACGUCUGCAACUGCUGCACACCCGUUCCAAAUAGGCGUCUUUGACGGCUCGUUGAACCAGACCACAUGGUUACCUCCUGUUAUCAAUACUGAACCGCAUGCAUCCUCCUUAUCAGGGAGUCUGUCUCAAACACCGUCAGGUACCACUUCACUAGUUGGUGACAUGGAAAGUCCUGGUCGCUUUACUCGAGGGUUACGCCAGCAGUCGCUCUCGCAUCCGGGGCCAUCAAAACGCCCUACAGACUACAAUGCUGAUGAAACUACUGAACGACUGCACAAGCAGAGGCGCAAACACUCGUCCUGGUCGGGCCAGACCACGGAGUCUCUCGAAAUCUUUCUUAAGUUUCAGAACAGCAAUGCGAAGCCGCACUUCGCGUUCCCGGCUUCUCAAGAAAUACACGCAGGACCCCUCCCUAGUACUUCAGCUAAUUGCAACCUUGACCCUUCGUUGUACGACCAGUUAUAUGACGCUUUUGCGCGACUGUGCUGUCAGGACAACUUUCUAUACCCCAAGUUCGAAACCGACAGCUUCCCAGACGCGCGAAUGAUUUCAAACUUUCUUCAGCAUUAUUUCCAGUUCUGUCAUCCUCUAUACCCCAUGCUUCAUGUUCCUUCAUUUAAUCCGAACAAAUGCCAUUGGAUACUCACCUUAGCAUUAGCUGCAAUGGGCAGUCAUUGUGCGGGAGUCUGUGAACAAAAUGGAACUGUCACUGCGUUCCAUGAGUUCCUUCGAAGGGCUUUACUAUUUGAGAGAGAAAAGAGUCAGUCUGAGCGUCCACAUUUGUGGCUUCUUCAGGCAAUGUUGCUGAACUGCGUUGGAAGACUUCAUGGUAGUAGCGAGCGAAGCAGGCUCUCCUCACUCAGCGAUCUUGGUGAUCUCACCAACCUUGGCGCCUGCGAGAAGCUGCUAUCUCGCUCAGAAGAUUCCGGUCCGUCCGCAGAGGAAGGCUCUUCCGAACAACAAUGGUUGCACUGGGUUGAAGAGGAGGCUCGAAGGCGGACGGGAUAUUUGAUAUGGCUUGUGGACUGUACAACCGCAUAUCAAUUUGACACGAAACCGCACUUCUCCCUGGACGACGGCCAGGCCCAGCUUCCCUGUAACGACAAAAUCUGGCACGCCAGCUCCUCUCGACUUUGGAAAGGUCUUCGUGAAGAAAGUUCCGAGCAAGAAACAAUGUCUCUGUAUGAUGCCGUAUUGACGCUGUAUAUUGAGAAAAGGCUUGUACCGGACAUAGGCGAGUUCAGCCAUGUCCUCCUGAUCCAUGCUUUAUACCACCGAAUGUGGGAGGUAGGCGACUAUUUCCGCCGUCCACUCUCAUUCUGGAACCCGACCGCAAAGAAGCAAUCCCGAAAAUUAGCAAUACCCUCGGGUUCUGUGUGGCUGCCAGGAAUCCCCUCAUACUCAAAAUGGCGCAACAGCGCGUGCGACUGUUUGGAUAUCCUCCAUUGGACUGCAAAUGGCACAAUAGCGAAAGCAAACGGCCACGAGCAUCCCACAAUCUUGCACCUACAUACCGCGCGGAUCAUCCUCCUUGCGCCAUUUCGCGAAAUUCGUCUCCUUGUACAUCUACUAGCGACGCGAAAGGUCAACUGGGAGGAUCGCCAGAGAGUGAUCGAGUGGCAUUAUAUUUUACGCUGGAUCAAACACGAUCAAUAUAAGGCUCGCCUGGCAGUCAUCCAUGCCGGAUCGGUCCUGUACCAUGUCCGCAAGUACUCUACCAAUGCAUUUCAUGAGCCAGUCGCCACUUACCUUGCAAUCCUCACUCUAUGGGCGUACGGGUUGUGCUAUAAGCUAGCAUUUCCGGAUGUAGCGGCCCGCAUAAACUCAGGCGAACCGUCCGAAUCCGCAGUUAUAACCUUGGAUCAGCCUUGUUCCGACGAACUAGUGCAAUCUUUCGUGCGCGAAGGCCAGAUGAUGCGGGGCGUCUUGACUAAUGCAGGGGAUAUCUGUGCUCCGCAUGGUCCUGAGCAAAUUCUCCGCGUUGGAUGUGAAACACUUGGGAGUCUUCACGCUUGGGGAAUCGCGAAAGAGUCCAUGGUGACUCUAAUGAGACUUUCCGAACUGGUGUCAUGA